AUGUCGUUCAAAUCAAUUCCGGUGCUGGAUUUAGGGGAGGCUUUUGAUUCAAAUACCAAGUCACAGUUUCUGGAAGACUUACGUGACGCUCUGAUCAACGUCGGAUUUCUUCUCUUGACUAAUUUUGGAGGCAUCGGACCGAACAGUAAAGACUUUGCUGAGAUCAAGGAACAAGCCAUCGAGUUUUUUGAACUUCCUGAUGAUGUCAAAGAGCGCUGUGAAAUGAUACACUCACCUCACUUCCUAGGAUACACGAGACUGGGAAACGAAGUCACGGCUAAGAAGGCGGACUGGAGGGAGCAAAUUGACCUCGCAACCGAACUGCCUGCACCUGGGCCAGGAGAGCCUAUAUAUAGGCAAAUUGAAGGCCCAAACCUGUGGCCUGAUCCUAAAUAUAUUCCGAAAUUCCGACCUUGCGUAACGCAAUUCAUUAACAAAAUGACAUUGCUUAGCACUGUAUUCCGUUCACUUGUUUGUGAAGCGAUUGGUCUACUUCCGGAUGGGUUCGAUUCGUAUUUGAAACCAAACCAGCAAUGUAAAAUGAAAAUUAUUGCCUACCCAGAACAUUCAGAAAACGAUGUCAACGAGGGAGCAGCAAAACCAGGUCAAGGAGUUGGGCCUCAUCGUGAUUCAGACCUUUUGACGUACAUUUUUCAGGCGUCCGAUCACCAAGGUUGCCUUCAGGUUCAGAAUUUCCAAGGACAAUGGAUCUCUGUCGAUAACCUUCCGGGAAGUGUGGUUGUUAACGUUGGACAGACCUUAGAAGCGAUUUCUGACGGUGUAUGUAAAGCUACCAUACAUCGAGUUCUGAGUCCAGAAGCCCAUUCCGGCAUCCGUCUGUCAAUACCUUUUUUCCAAACGAUCGAUUUGGAUACCCACAAGAGCAUCAUCUCAGGGAUUCCGACGCAGAUUUUGAGGAAGCGAGAUAUAAGAGAUAAGCUUCUUAAAGAUUGGGGCUCUGAUGUAGGCUUCCAAUAUACCCCGGAUUUGGAGAGGCAUCCAGUUGGAUACGCAGUUUUUCGCAAUAGGAUCAAAUCGCACCAGGACGUUGCUGCAAGAUGGUAUCCAGAGAUUCUAAAAGAGGUUUUGAAUGAAUUUUAA